CCCCAUUCUCCCAGCAUGCUCUCGGUUGAAAACAAAGUCCCACGUGACAGCUGGAGAGACGGCGCUGUCAUGGCGUCCCCCGGUGGGAAGGGAACCCGGAGCUGGCAGGAGGUGGCGGGCGGAGGGAUCCCCCGGAGAGACGCCGAGCUGGUGAACUCGGUGGAGGACGCGGAGGGGCUGUAUGUGGCGGUGGAGCGCUGCCCGCUGUGUAAUACCACCCGCCGGAGACUUACCUGCGCCAAGUGUGUCCAGAGCGGAGAUUUCGUUUUCUUCGACGGCCGGGACACCGAGAGUUUUGCAGACAAGAGGGAGAGAUUAAAUCACUUAAGAGAAACACAGCUGGAUUUUCAAAAACAAGUUGCAACUGUCAUAGAGGGGAAGCUGGUGACAGAUAAGCUGAAAUGGAAGAUCAUGUCUUGUAAGAUGAGGAUUGAACAACUAAAGCAGAGCAUAUGGAAUGGAAAGGAUGAAAUUGCAAAGAAUUCAGAGCUGUUGUCCAAGUCCAGAAAAUACAACCAAGAACUUUACCUCAGAAGCCAAAGGCACCAGGAGAAGAAAGAGAAGAUUCAGAGGCGCAAUUACAAGCUCAGCGUGAUCGUGGAGAAGCGGAAUAAAGAUGUGAAGAAUCGGCAUGGGGAGUUGGCCUGUCUGAGGCGCUCACAUAUACUAGAACUGACUUCAGUGAUAUUCCCUACAGGAGAAGUGAAGAAUAUAACAAGGGAUCCUGCAGACGUGUCAUUUGAGAAUGACAAUGCAAUGACCUCUAGCACUGUGAGCAAGCUGGCAGAAGCUAGGAGGACCACCUACCUUUCUGGCAGAUGGGUGUGUGAUGAUCACAAUGGAGAUACCAGCAUUAGCAUUGCUGGACCUUGGAUCACCCUACCCAACAAUGGGGAUUAUUCUGCUUAUUACAACUGGGUAGAGGAGAAGAGGAGUGCACAGGGACCUGAGAUGGAGCACAAUAAUCCUGCAUACACAAUCAGUGCUGCCUUAUGCUAUGCAACCCAACUGGUCAACACUCUGUCACACAUAUUAAACGUCAACCUUCCCAGAAAGCUGUAUAAUAGUGAGUUUUGUGGAGAAAAUUUGAGCAGAUGGAAGUUUAACCGGGCAGUGAACAAACUGAAUUCCAACAUCUUAUAUCUAUGUUUUUCUCAGCAUGUGGACUUGGACCUCCUGCACCCACUACAUACACUCAGGAACCUCAUGUACUUGGUCAGUCCCAAUAGUGAAAACCUGGGAAGGUCCGGGCCAUUUGAAAUUAGUGCAGAUCUGGAAGACUCUAUGGAAUUUGUAGAUCCAAGCGGAGCCGGCGAAAGUGAUGAGAGUGGAGAUGAACACAUAACCGAUGAAGAGACAGAUCUGGGAACGGACUGGGAGAACCUGCCAAGCCCCAAGUUCUGCGAUAUCCCCUCCCAGCCUCUGGAGAUGUUGGACAGUCAGAGUACAAUGAUGUCUCAACCUAUAGCCAGCAGUAGCGCCGGAGGUAUGAUCUCCUCUGCUGCCGCUUCAGUCACCUCGUGGUUUAAGGCAUACACUGGUCAUCGUUAACGGGAGGUGGAUUGAAAGAUUUACCUCUCCUUUUUAACUUUUUACCUUGGCAAGUUAAAGUCUGACAUGUACAGAGAACGAAUCUCUGCAACUGUGUUUCCUAGCUGUUUGAUUUCCUUUUAAUAGGGGAAGAACUUUGAUCACUCAAAUGAUUGUGUGGAAAUCAAUAUUGGAGCCUGUGCCCUGUAAGAAGAAAUGGUUUCUUUUAGUCGAGAAUAUAUCAACGCUCUGUAACAUUUCCCAAGAAAGCAAUCUUCCAAAUAUUGAAACAAUUUUUAAAAAUUUUGCACUAAAAAAAAAAAAAAAGCUGUUCAGCCAGUUACUUUGUUAUAUAGUUCUUUUGUGAUUUGGACUUAAUACAUUGGGAUUACUCUAGUUUUUGGCUUUGGAAUUCUGCAUUUGAAAUUUGUUGAUUGAGGAGCCAGAAUUUAACUGAUAGGUAACAAAUGUAUGCAAAAGCUCACCUACCUGCACAGAAAGUUUAUGUCGCACUGUGAUUACAUCACUAUCUUAUGAUAAACUAUAUUAGGCUGAGGAGGGGCUGCACUGCACAGCUUCACUGGCAUGAUUAUCGAAAAGCUAGCUGUACAUGCCAAACCUCAGCUCGGAACAGAAGAUGAUGAAAUCUGUUUAAUAAUAACAUGACGCAUACGCGUACAGUUGUAACAAAGUCUGUGAACCUCAAGAAAUUUUAUAUAUGAAUGGCUUAUGGAAUGUGAUUUUUGUUUCUCUAAUUCAAUUAUUUAAAUUGCCUUAUUUAAAGCCCAAAUUUUACAUCCA